AUGUCCCUUAGCAUCCUGAGUCGGAAGGAGAAGGAGAAGGCCAUUCGCAGGCUGCUGGUCCAGGUGCCCCCGGGAGAGUUCGUCAACGCCUUUGAUGACCUCUGCCUGCUGAUCCGAGAUGAGAAGCUCAUGCACCAUCAGGGAGAAUUCGCAGGCCACCUGCACUGCCAGAAGUAUUCUGUACCCCUGUGCAUCGACGGGAACCCGGUCAUCCUCUCUCAUCACAACCUCAUGGGCGAUCGCUUCUUCGACUACCAGAGCAAGCUGUCCUUCAAGUACGACCUGCUGCAGAACCAGCUCAGGGACAUCCAGAGUCACGGGAUCCUUCGCAAUGAGGUCGAAUACCUGAGGAACGUGGUCCUGUGUGCCCUGAAACUCUACGUCAACGAUCAUUACCCAGCAGGCAGCUGUAACGUCCUCAGGAAGACCAUCCACCAGAAGGAGUUCCUGAUCGCCUGCAUUGAGGACCACAGCUACAACUCCGGGGCUUUCUGGAACGGUCUGUGGAAAUCCAAAUGGAUCUUUCAGGUUAAUCCCUUCCUCACCCAGAUCACCGGGAGGGUCUUCGUGCAAGCUCACUUCUUCAAGGGGGUCAACCUGCACCUGCAGCUGUCCAAGGAUCUCAAGGAGAGCGUAGAAGUGGUGAACCAAGCCCAGCUGGCGCUCAGUUUUGCCCGGCUGGUGGAAGAGCAGGAGAAUCAGUUCCAGGCUGCCGUCCUGGAGGAGCUGCAGGAAUUAUCCAGGCAGGCCCUCCGGGGCAUUCUCCGCAGAGACCUUCCUGUCACCCGCACGCUCAUCGAUUGGCAGAGGAUCCUGGCAGACCUGCACCUGGUCAUGUACCCCAAGCUGGGCUACGUCAUUUAUUCCCGAAGUGUGCUGUGUAACUGGAUCAUAUAA